AUGGUUAGAAUGAGAAAAGCUCGUUGCCGAAGAAAACGUGCCUUGUCAAUCAUCAGGCCUCAGGACCCUGAACGUCAUCGAUUGAACGCGAUUGGGCUUAGAUAUACCUUGGAUAUACCCAAGAUAUACCAAUGGGCAAUACAGCCGCGUACGGCGCUUUUGCGGUUCGACAUUGUCUGGGAAAUCCAACCGUGCGCUGAAAAGACUUUGGAUAAGAGUCAAAAGAUUGGAAGACUUGACGAGCGAAAGAUAUACGCACAAAAUGGUGGGUUGAGGAGCAAAACUUACGGGGAGGUUGAUCAUGCUACCGGACUGUCCGGACCAAGUCCGGACAACUACCGGAGGCAAGCACCAAUGUGCCUGGCUCCGGCAAUGAUUAAUGAGGCCUUGAGGGCCGGGCUGGCCUAA